UGUACUUGUAAAAAUCCAGAAAAUUGUAAAUGCUUCACUACUUGCGAUUGCACAAACCCGUGUAUUUGUGAUACUGCUCCGGUUAAAUCAGAUGAAUGUGUUUGUUUAUCUAAGCCUGAGAUAUCAGAUUUAGUAUGCACUUGUAGACGUACAGAUGACACAGCGGCAAAAAUAAAAAAGUUACGUAAAGGAAAACAUGGCUACCGGUGGUGCCACGAAGUUGAUCCUCGGCAUACAUUUUUCAAUUAUGCAUACGGAAGACACGAAAAGCUCAAGACUGAAGAAACAAUAAAUGAGCAGUUCCAAAUUAAAGGCCUACAUGAUAAGCAACACACUGACGAAUGUCCAAUCCAUGGCCCAAAACUUCCUAAAUUUGAAAAGAAACCAAGAAAACCGUCUUUGGAUUGUUGUAGUGCCGUUGGAGGCAUAAGCAUUUGUGUGGAGAGUCUCGGCGAGGACAAAGAUAAACUUCUUGUGCAAAUGGUUUCACAUUCGUCAAAGGAAGGUGCAAAAACAGGCUCCAAGCUUGUUAGUAUUCUAGAUUGUAACUUACACACGAUGGAAGAAAAUAGAGUCGAGCACGCUACAAAGAAAGACUUGACAAAAGAGCGGCGAAGCUACAUGGCUAUAUGUGAAAAUGGUUACUAUAACAAAGUGACGCGCAUUUGUGGCCAAAGAGAUGUGGUGAAGCGAUUCUACCAUGAUUUUGACAAAGCCCGCAACUUUGUACUAGAGGGUGCCAACCUAGUCCUGUUGCGUUACAUGGCCGUAAGACGGUUCAAAGGCACUGUAAAGACUGAUACUGUAAUGAUGGAUGGAACUAUCUGCGAGAGUGUUUAUAUUAGUCAUGGAGUUUCCCAAGGAGUAGUCAAUGCCACCCCAUUUUUUGUAGUGAAAAUCGAACGGCAUGUCAUUGAACCCUCGGGGUAUAUGCAUCAGACGUUGACGGUGUUAACUCUUAGAGGUUAUACAGUUAGUCAUGAGUGGGCGGACAACUGCUACAUAUUCCAUAUAAAUCCAUUGCUGCGCGUCGUCCCCGAAAGAGAUGAAAUCGAAAAGACAGCGCCGCUACGAGAUUCAUGGCGGCACGACCUGCAACUAAUGUCGGACUUUUUGGAAUUCAAGAGUACCCGAAUGUCGGAAGGUGGACGCUACGUCACAGAGAGCGGGACCCUCACAGGCACUGUCCGAGACUUCCUCCAAACCAUCCUCUUGCUACGUCCGCAAGACACGCUGCAUUUCACGAGGCAUUACUUCGCCACCGUACUGUCUGCCCUCGACCUCCCGCAUGACGAAUUCUUCGACCCUGCUUCAAAACAUGUCAGAUAUUAUUUCUUUGAAGAAUGAUUUAAUUUUGUUACAAUUAAGACAAAGAAAAGUAAACAAAUGGAAGCCUAAUGAGGGACUAAGAGUUUCUGUUCAGUUUCUGUAGAAAUAUCGCCAACGACGCAAGAA